GCCUCAGAGCCUGGAAUGAACCAGGGUGCUCCUGCUGACAAAGGCAUGGAACAGACUGCAGGGCAGCAGGACGGAGCACUGAGGCUGCAGAUGGAGCAGCUGCAGAGGCUGGUGGCUGAGCAGCAGAAAAUCAUUGCGUUUUACAACCCAGGUACUUGGGGAAUCCCUCCUGGUGCUGCAGCACCUUUGCUUGCCGUUAUUUGUACUCCAGCAGUGAAAUGCAGCAGUUCCUUAAAGAGGAAAAAAAAGAGUGGUUGUUUUCAGUAGCUUGGGGCUCUUCCUCUGGCAGUAAGGCUAAAACAUUUAUUUCUCCACAUAGACUUAUGCACAAGCUGUAAACCCCAGAAAAUGUUUCUUUCAGUUUUUCACAUUUCAUUACCAGGAAGCAUAUGAGGAGGAGUCUUUUAUGUUUAAUAACAGAUCUCCUAUACAGACUUCUUUUGAAGUACAGAUUUUGGACUUCUGGUCUGUGCCAGGAGCUCCUCCUGCUCUCUUCUUCCACUGGCCUUGAUGUCUGCAUGGCGUUUUCUCUCCCAUCUCUCACUCCUCUCUCCCAGCUGCUGUUGCACAGUGGUUUUUCCCUUUCAUAAGUCUGCUCUCCCAGAGGGCACCCAGCAUCACUCAUGGCUCAGCUCUGGCACUGGUGGGCCCCUUUGGAGCAGCUAGAGCUGCUCUGAUCUGACACAGGGCAGUGCUGGGCUCUGCCUCAAAACCUUGCCAUGUAAGACUGGUACAGGAUUCUUUUCUGGAAGCAGUGAGGCUGGGUCUUUGGUCCCUUUGCAGAACUAUUUAUGUAUUUUCCACUUCUAAUAAAAAGUGUAACCCUUCAUUCAGAACAAAAAGGAAAACAUUUCCUCUUUUGCAGCAAAGGCUGCCGCAGAGAUGCUCUGUGAUACUUAAAUCUUACCUGCUAUUGUGCUUGUAUGGGAACUGUUGAGUCAUGGCCUGAACCACUGAUUGAUCACCUGGGGAAAGGACUGGGUCAGCCCUGGGAGCACAGGUGAAGGCAAUUCAGUUGUGUGACCAGAAGGAGUGGAGCCUGGCUGCACCUCUCUUUGACCUCAUUUAAGGGCUGGCUGCCACUGGGGAAGGAUCUCCUGGAGAUUCCUCUCUAGGGGAGCUUUUCCCUGUGAACCUGGAAUCUUCUGAUAUGGGCUUUUCUGUUUCUCCAGUGAUACCUUCCCAUCUAGUAGGUGCGAUGUCACCCCUUCCAUGCUUUCCUGCUACUUUAACUCCUGCCCAGUUGCCACCUGAAAAUUCUUCACAAGUUGAGAGCCCAGCAUGCUUAGAGACCUCUCCCUCUGCAAUGCCUUCUGCCCUGCAGAGCAGUUCCCCGCCACUGGUACCAAAUGAGAGUGGUUCAGAGAUCUCAGGAGAGCACCUGCAGCUGUCAGAUUCAGGGAUAAGCACAGAGCCAUUGCUUCAGAGUACUGAGAGCCCCACAAAACAUCUUUCCAGACAAGAUGCUCAGGAAGAAACCAGAACAAAAAACGAAGAUAACAGUCAAUUAAAACAAAGGACUUUCCCUGAAACUUUUUCUGCAGUCAAAGAAGAACAAACAGAACAAAUGAAGGAGAUUCCUCCAUCUCCCUUCAGCACAAAGGUAAAGAUGAAGACGGGAAACCUAGGAAACAGGCCAAUCACAGCAGGAAUUGAUAUUAGACAGAAGACAUCUGAAAAGUUUAUUGAACAGCUUCAGGUAGACACUCAGUUGGUAGAAAAACAGGAGCAGAAGCAGCAGAGCAAGGCAAAAGGAACACCUCGGAAGACUUUUCUGAAGCAAAAAGAAGGUACUGUAAGGCUCAAAAAAACUAAACAAAAGCCUUUAAAAGAAGUGAGCAAGCAUUCCAUAAGAACUGAUGUGGAGCAUCUUUUCUCCCAGCCUGGACAAAUGGAUGCAGGGAUACUGCAGCCAAGGGAAUGCCCUCAUGUAAAUCUGCAGGUCAACAGCUCCAUGCAUAUGGGUACACAUGGAAAAAAAGCAAGCUGUGCUUUAGCUGAGAAGGAAAUUAAGGCUCAGACUGACUGUGACAUGAAAGUACAGGAGCAACGUGCAGAAGAAAAAGUAGUCAUUAGGAGAGAUGAAGAUGCUUUUGGCUUACCUCAUAUGAAGUGGACUGAAAUCCUGAACUCGUGCACUGAAACAACAGAAAUGAACCUGCAAUUAGGUGGGGAAAGUGAAACUAAUCACAGGGAUUCCCUAGAGCAAGCUGACAGAACUGAUGGAAGACUUGUGGAGGGUACCCUGCAAAUAGACCUAGGUAGAGCAAAUCAGCUUCUGCAGGGUGAGCUCACAAAGGAAGAAAAAAGCCCUUUGGAAGUCCUGCAAAAGCGUUCUAUACUUCAGGAUAUAGAAUCAGAACAUAUGAGGGAAGCAGGGUGGAGUGCAUUCACACAGGGUCAGAAGCAUGUGCAGGUAUGCCCACAAGAACUUGUUUCAGGGAGCCAGAGCCCAGAAAGCAAAAGACAAAUCCACACUAGUUUUAAGAAGGUCAAUGAUAAGAUCAUAAAAGUUACUUGUAACUCGCUUGAGGCUGUGGAGCAAGGAAGCUCAUCCUUGGUUUUGCAGCAGGAAUGGCAAAGGAAGGGGGCAGCUGCCAUGGUAUGGCAUGUUGCAUCUUCAUCCCAUGAGUCUGGCUGCUUAUCCUCCAACAGUGAUGAUGACCCCAAAUCUCAUUGCAGUCAAUAUCCCUCCCAGCAUGGGCUUCAGGGAGCAGAUCAUUCUGACAGACAUUUGGAUCUCUCUGAAAAUGAUUAUGCUAGUGAUGAGCCCAGUGAAACUGAACAUAUGUCCAUGAAAGAGAACAUCAGUUCCUCCUCAAGGAAACAAGAUAUUCAAGCAUUCUCAAGACAGCAAAGUCUCUCUCUCAGUACAAGCAGCAGUGAUUCCAGCACUGGAGCUGUCAGGCUGAAAGGGAGCAAGGCUCACUAUUCUCUUCAGCAUUCUAUAUUUCAUCUCACAAAAUCCAAAAGGAGAGAGGAUGAACCUGAUUCAAAGGCCAGGCAUGUUAAAAGCCUUGAUCCACCAUCCUCAGCAGUGGUUUUUGGGAUUAAAGGAGCCCCUGCAGUGAAGCAACCACAGAAUAAAAUGCCUGCAAAUGUGUUAGAAGAAACCCAGAACGUCUUCUCCAGUGGAUUAGAAACUGGUGUAUACCAUGGAGAUACCCUUUCACCAACUAGAGCAGAAGAAGAACAGGAAAAAGCAAUGCAUUUUCUCAGAAUACGAAUGGACCAACUCAAGACUGUCAGGGGCCAGGAGCUGACUCAUCCACUGCAAUACAGCAGAGAGCAAACUGACACAAUACAGAAGGAAAAAGUUAUGCAUAGCAAGUUCAAAGGAACAGCUGGAGUCACUGGAGAAAGUGUAAAAUCAGAGGAAAUACAAAUAUUAAAGCAACAGAUUACAGGACUGCAGGAGGAGUUCAGGAGAAAUGAGUCCUGCUGGCACACUGCCUAUGGCAAGCUAAGAGACCAGGUUGAGAUGCUGACUAGGCAGAACAUGGAGCUUCAAGAUGAGCUCAGAGGUUCAGAACAGAAGAGGCUGAAAGCCGGAAGAAAAACAGGAACUGUGAAUCUCAUUGACAGAAAACCAGAGACGCCGGUUGCAGAAGCUAUCCUGCGAGAGACAGAAGAGGGAUCAUGGAGAGAGAAGCGCAAGAGCUGUAUCACCUCUCAUGUGGGGCCAAAGGCAGCUUUGCAGAAACACUGCUUCAGAGAUAUCAGUAGCAAAGCAAUAAAAAGCUCUGUGCGAAAGGCUGAUCCAUUGAGACUGAUAACAAAGGAACAUCAAGAAAAGAAAACAUCUCACUGCUCCCUUGGCAGAAGCACAACGCCAACUGGCAGGACAACACCUCACCAGGGAAGAGUGACACCUUUUGAAUCAGAAGAAGUUAUACAUCAACCCUCUCCCACUGGGAGAAGAGCACAUGAGAGAAAAUCACCUGGAGCUGGCUCACACCUGAGUGUUUCUAAGGGGCAUAAAUCAUCUUCUUAUGAAAAAGGCACACCUUCACCCAUUUCAAUUAUCUCAGAAGACACGCUCCUCUCAAAUAAGCACAGCAAUAACACUUGCAGCUUUGCACUCUGCAGUAAUAGUGAGGAAACACAGGAAGAAGAGAUUCCUAAUCUUAAAAAGACAGAAAAAAUGUUAAAACCUCAGAAUAAAGUGGCUUUUGUGAUGACCCAAAGGAGAAGUGACAUAACUGCAUAUGAGAACAAAGUACUUACAAGCAGUUCUCCUACUCUUCUGGAUGCUGAAGCAAAGGUACAGCCUCCAAAAUCAAUAUUGUCUAGAAGGUCAAUGUUACAUCAAGAAAGAAGGAAAAAUGAGGAUGUGGUGCUGGAAAAAAUAGAGCAUCGUGAUGGAAAGGUUGAAGAGGUGCUUACUGAUGGACGUCGAAUCAUCACUUUCCGCAAUGGUACUAAAAAAGAGAUCAGUGCUGAUAAAAGGAUGACAACAAUUAGCUUUUUCAAUGGAGAUGUAAAGAAGAUCAUGCCAGAUCAGAGAGUGAUUUAUUAUUAUGCAGAUGCGCAGACAACUCACACUGCUUAUCCAGAGGGCCUAGAGGUGCUGCAGUUCCCUAAUAAUCAGAUAGAAAAGCAUUAUCCUGAUGGCACACAAGAAAUUGUGUUCCCAGAUCACACAGUGAAAUGCCUCUAUAGUGAUGGAUUCGAGGAAACUUUUUUUCCAGAUGGUACAAUAGUAAAAGUAGAAAAGAACGGAGAUAAACUAGUGGUAUUCAGUAAUGGCCAGAAGGAGUUUCACACUGCACAGUUCAAGAGAAGGGAGUACCCAGAUGGAACCAUAAAGACUGUGUACUGCAAUGGCAGGCAAGAAACCAAGUACUUGUCUGGACGGGUUCGAAUCAAAGACGAAGAGGGUAAUAUCAUCCUAGAUAAGAAGUGAUUCCUCCCCUCAGUGGCUGCACUGUAUUGGGCCAGGCUGCCAACGCAUCACCAUUCAAAUUGCAGAUCAUCUUUGGAAGAAAUAGACUGAGCAGAGUAGAAAAUGUUGUUAGUAAUGAUCAUACUCAUGCUGUUGUUUAUGAAUUUAAUUAUGAUGUUCUAAACAUCCAAGUAGUUUGAUGUUGGAUGGUGUGGUAAUAGCAUUGUACUGUCUUCUGCUUCAUUACAACAAAGGAACGAUUUUAAAACUGUGCUCUUCGCUACUGAAACACUUAAUACAUUUUAUAUGUUUUGUAAAAGGAAAGUCUAAUCAAUAGAAGUCCAACAGAUUAUUCUUUUCCACGUGUUUCACUAAGAAUUUCUGCUCAAUGUGGCCUUUGACUAAAACAAAUGUUUGUUUUUUCAAUUGACCAGCAUAAAAACAGUGAAUGUGAUUAAUUUUCUCUUUCAGUUUGGUUAGGAAAAGCUGCUUCUAAGGUUUCUAAGGUUCUAAAGGUGUUUCUAAGGCACAAGUGCUUUUAUUCUCAGGAAUUCUUCGUAACAAGGAGUGCGUAUUCUCCAGUUGUUAUAUUUACAUCCUUGUCAUUUCUUUAGUAAAAUAUAAGCUUGCCUUAAA